CAAAGACAAAAAGAAGUAUCAAAGAAUGUCUUCGCUAAAAUUGCUUUUCCUAGAGAUAUUAAUACUGCAGAAUGUUUCAGCAGAGUGUGAUUCAGAAAAUGGACCACCAGGGACUCCAGUGUGUGUUUUUAUUUCAAAUCCACCUUAUGAAAGAGCCCAGUGGGCAACGUGUGUUACAAAUACAUACAUUUACUUAGCUUCCAAAGGAAAGUUCUCAUGUGUAGAGAAACAUGCAAAAUAUUGUUAUUAUCAGUGCAUGCUGGAGGAUCAUGAAGAUGAAUCAGGAACUGUUUCUGAAGACUGUGAGUGUAAUGAAAACCAAACCCUGCCAAUCAAUAAUCUUCCCAGCUGGUGUUACAGUCCUUCUGGAGAUAAUUGUUCCUGGUACUCUCAGUGUUUGGAGAAAAAAUUCCCAUGCCAAGACAUGCAUCAAACAUCAUACGCCAUUAACAAUGGUGUUAGGUUUUGCCAGCUUUAUCAAGAUCACUUUAAACAGUUCUCACCAGCAGGUCGGAAAUGGAUUAAUGCUGUUCGUGGAUGCUUACAAGUGGCACUUGUACCCUUAUUGCGCCCUUUUCGAGAAGUAACUUGUAAUGAAAUACAACAAAAAGCAUUUAAUUCUCAUAUAGAAUGCUAUGUGUAUCCCAAUAAAGAUGUGCCAUCCUUUUGUUCUUUACCAAACCAUGACAGAUUCAAAGCCCUUUUCACAGUUGGACCUGAACUAUAUUCAAAUUGUGUAAACAAAGUAUAUCGGGAGGCAUGCGCAAAUAUCUAUGAAUCGGCCAAACAAUUGGUGAACGUAGUAUAUAUUAGUUGCCCUAUUCAUGCAACUGAUGAUUUAAUUAAGAAUAUCCAGAUCAUAUUUUCGAAAUCCGUUGAGAAAACAAAAAGAUAUCGAAGAUCACCUACACCAACGGACGACUACGAUGCAGGAACAGACCUGAUAGUUACAAUUGAGAAAAGAUUGCGAUGGAAGCUACGCGGAGUCACGUGGAUAGGGUAUUUUCGGAAUAACACAUUGGACACAUCAAACGAAAAAAUAAACAGUUUUCGAACAUUUCAUAUAUUAUUAGCACCAAGCAAAUUGUACAACUUGAACUAUAAGACGAAUGUUACAUUGAAAAUAAACAUGACCGAAAUUUUGAACGAAGUAACUUUUUCAUUCAAGAAUGGUAGCUUCACGUCAAAUAUGAUAAAUGGGAUUUCCAUUGAAAAAUAUAAUGUUUGUGGAAAUAGGAACUGCUCCGAAAUUACAGUAGAAGUGAAACCAUUAACCUCCGUCGUCACAAAAGACCAAAAAUAUACAUUUUGGACAAUGGAGAAUGAAAUCUUAGUAGUAGUUGGUUCAGUUUUGUUCUUAGUAAUAUUUGUGUUAGAACUAUUAAAUGGGUGGAAUCGAGAGACUAAAGAGAACAAUGCCAGGGUUAAUCAGACUCAAUGUCAAGAAACUGGUCGAAAAAAAGCUAGGUCACAUGGAUUGUAUGAUCGAACAAUCCAUCGGCCUGAGCGAAUGCUGCGACAACCACGGCUUCACGAAUGCAAGAGUGCAAAUACAACAGAAACAAACUCUGUAGCCUCUAAAGACAUGCAACUUUUUGAGACCAGACACGUGAAAAAAUGGAGUCUCUCUAAAACUGUACCGGGAUACAGCUACGGCUACAGACAAGAGAAGAGGCGGAUUACUGUCCAGGACCAUCUUACACCAAGACCCAGAUGUAUAUCCUGCAAACUCCCCCAAAACACAAUGGGAAAGACAAAUCAAGAUUGA